AUGCUGAUAAAUGCUUAUAUUGGCAUUAAAGGAAAACAUAGAAAUUUUGUCCCCAAAAAUGUAAACUCCUUUGCUACAAAUCAUAACUUUAGAAGGAAUCUCUUUUCAGAUAAAGUUAACUACUCGAGGUAUCUGAACUUUGAAGGGAUUAAAAUAAAAAAUAAAAAAUCGAAUAAUAUUUAUGAACAUUUUUUUUGUAAUCAACUUGGUAAUAACAUUUCAGAAAAAUUUAAUUACAAACCUUCUUAUCCCCAUGAAAUAAAACGAAAAGAAUUUGAUAACCAUAGCAUAUAUUUAAAUAAUUAUACAGACAAAGAAAAUUAUAUACAAAAUAAAUAUAUCAAUGAUAUAGAUAAAUAUAAUACUGCUAUUAAUCAAGUAGCAAAUACUUUUUUCAACUCUAGUAACAGAAAUGCUUUUAUAAAAACAACAAACCGACUUUUUCAAACGAUCAUACAAAAGGCAUUUCAUACAGCUACCAAUAAGACCGAUGAUAAAAAAAGUUCUAAAAACGAUAAAAAAAACACAAAAAAUGAUAAAAAAAAUAAAAAAAACGAAACAGUAAGUAAAAAAACAGAAGCAUCAAAUAAAAAAGUAGAAACAUUAAAUAAAAAAAUGGAAGCACCAAAUAAAAAAUCUAUAAAAAAUGCAAAAAAUGCCACUAUUCUAGAAAUCCAAGAAAACCAAUCUCUUGAUAAAAAAAAAAAUAUAGAAGAAAAUAUAUCAAUAACAAAAGAAAAAUUAUCUAACACCAUUGAAAAUGAUACUAAUAUUAAACAUGAAAUGAAUGAAACAAAUAAAAAAUCUAUUACUGAUCAUAAAAAUAAAAUAAAAAAUAUUAUAAAUAAUUUAUUUGAAAAACAUCUUUUAUUAAUGAACUCAUUAAUUGCAGGCAUAUUAUAUUUUGUUGCUGAUAUUGCAUGCCAAUUUAUGGAAAUGAGUAAACAACCUAACGAAUAUGAUAUAUUUAGAACCUUGAGAAUGUCAACUAUUGGAUUUACCCUUGAGGGACCAGUAAUGACAUUGUGGUAUGGAAAAAUUUUAGCUAACUUUAUUAAAUCCAAACCAAAUAUAUUCUUAUACAAAUCUUUUAUACCAACAUUAUUUGAUAAUUUUGUUUUUGGUCCCAUCCAUUUAACAAUAUUUUUUUUUUAUAAUGGAAUAUUAAAAAAACAACCUCAUCCAGAAAUUGUAGAAAAAAUUCUAAAUACAGGAAUGAAUGUUUUUUUCGUUUCAUUCGUAACAUGGACACCGUUAACUUUAGUUAACUUUUUUUUUGUCCCAAGAAUUUAUCAAGCUACAGUUGUAUUUUUUGCUGAUUUUUUUUGGGUUAUUUUUCUCUCAUGGUCUGCAAAUAAUAAGUAA